AUGUACACACUACUGCGUGGCUUCUGGGAUUAUAUAUCACAAAAGAAUGAGUUUUCUGUUCUCAUACUAGGAUUGGAUGGUGCUGGGAAAACAACCUUUUUAGAACAAGCUAAAAUAAAUUUCGUUCCGAACUACAGAGCUAUUCCAAUGCAGAAAAUUACUACUACUGUUGGUCUAAAUAUUGGAUGCAUUGAGAUUGAUGGGAUCCGUCUUAAAUUUUGGGAUCUCGGAGGUCAAGAAGAGCUUCAGUCGUUGUGGGAUAAAAGUGCAUUCCACUUAUCUGAAAUCAACAAAGUUUUCUACGAUAGUCUGCAUCUUGUUGGGCAGCGUCAGUGCACAUUUCAUGGUGUUAGCGCACUUAAUGGGGAGGGAGUAAACAGCAGUAUCAAGUGGAUUGCUGAUAAAGUGAAAGGCAACGCUGAACAAAGGCCACCAAAAAGAACAUGA